AUGGGAACAUCCGAUCACAAAGAAAAUCAAAAAUCCGGUGAACAGAAAACGAAGAUUGUCUUCGUCGAUGAACAUCAGAAACGAUCAGCGACGGUAGAUUCACAUCAAACAUCAACGAAAGAUUUGGACCCGUCAUUUGGGCACCAGUCGAAUGCAUUACAGAUCCUUUAUGGAACAGAUCUAACGAAUAAGACUGCAGUUGUUACUGGUGCUAAUAGCGGCAUAGGCUUUGAAAUCGCACGUUCAUUAGCAAAGCAUGGUUGUCAAGUGAUACUAGCAUGCCGAAAUUUGACAAAAGGCGAGGCAGCUUGCUCAAAAAUACGGACAGAAAAGGAGGAUGCAAAUAUUAGUUGUCGUAGACUUGACUUGUGUUCAUUACGUGGUGUGAAACAAUUCGUCGAACAAUAUCGACAGGAGGCAUUACCAUUGCAUCUCCUUAUUCUGAAUGCUGGUGUUCUAAAUACAACCUUUAAACUAACAGAAGAUGGUUACGAAGAAAUGUUUCAAGUGAAUUACUUGGCCCAAACGUAUCUGGCCGCUGGAUUACUGUCAUCUAUGUUAGUGACAAAAAGCGAUCAACCACCGCGUAUAAUCGCAAUCAGCUGUGAAUCCCACCGAAUAGAAAGUCCAGGGAUUUCAACUAUAAAUGGAAUCACUACCGAUCGGCUGAGUCCACGCUCACCGCAUCAUUUUGAUCAUCUGCUAUCCUAUGGACAAUCCAAACUUUGUUUAAUUAUGUUCAUCGCUGAAUUUCGUCGAAAUUAUCCACAAAUUUACUCAGUGGCUUGCCAUCCGGGCAAUGCAAUCAAUUCCAAUUUAACACGUCAUUCUUAUUUUUACCAAUUUCUUGUUUUACUUACUCGUCCAUUUUCCAAAUCACUCCAACAAGCAGCUGCAACGCCAAUCUAUUGUGCUAUAACGAAACGAGUUUUGAAAGAGCCGACCAUUUAUUACAAUAACUGCGAUGAAGGUUGUCCAUCUUCAUUUGUUUAUAAUCAUAAAUUGACAGAAGAUUUAUGGAUUCAAACUCAAUCAUUGAUUGAAUUAGCUUUCAGAAAACAGCCAUUAACAGUUGUUUAA